AUGACUGAGGCGCCGGGGGCGGCUGGCGAGGCGGGGGCGGCGGGGGACGCGUGCCGCCGCCGGAGGCUGGUGGUUGACUUCGCCGACAUCGGCUGGAGCGGCUGGAUCAUCGAGCCUCGCAGCUUCGAGGCUCACUACUGUGCGGGCCGCUGCCCCUUCCCGCUACUGCAGGCUCUGAAGCCUACCAACCACGCUACGAUCCAGAGCUUGGUGCAUGCUAUCGGCAGCCAACCAGGCGUGCCGGCACCAUGCUGUGUACCAGAUACACUCAGCUCCAUGUCGCUGCUCUUCAUGGACGAGAUGGGCAACGUGGUGCUUAAAAGCUACCCCGCCAUGACCGUGGACACAUGUGCCUGUCGGUAA